AUGGUGGUCAAAUAUUUAUUAUUGUUGUUCGUCAUAUUUUCGUCGAACACUUACGAAACAAUAGCCUGCGGUUUAUUUAACUACAAAUACACCGUUUAUGUUGUCAACAAUCUGCCGUCGAAUUCCGCACCGUUACUGCUGCACUGCGCGUCUGGAAACGACGAUCUUGGGGAUCACGUGCUCAGCACGAACCAAGACUUUCACUUUGAUUUCUGCGAGAACCCUUUUAGUACUUUGUUCUUCUGUCGUUUCCGAUGGAAUGGUAAGAACACGGCUUUCGAUGUUUUCGACGCGUCCUGGAAGAAGAACCGUUGUACUUAUGACGUUUGCUAUUAUUCGGUUCAAAGUGACGGUUUCUACUUCUCCGACACGAACCCGCCCACCAACCUAGUAAAACUAUCUAGUUGGUGA